AUGAAUCUUGUUUCCACAGUGUUUGAUAGGAAAAGCUAUGGUGGAUGGAGAAGGGUUGUUAUAAUUGUGCUCUGUGCCAAAAACAAACCUGGGUUCACUGAUGGUUCAUUGGUGAUUCCAAUUGCAGAUUUGGCUUUUCAAAAGGCAUGGUCAUGCUGCAAUGGCAUGAUUUUCUUGUGGCUUCUCAACUCUUUAUCUAAAGAAAUAGUUGAAUCGGUGCUUUACUCUCAAAGUGACAAAGAACUCUGGAGUGACCUAGACGAUAGAUUUGGUCAGACGAAUGAUUUCAAGUUCACAAAGCAAAAGAGAUUCCUAACCUUGGCUGACAAUGCUUACCACGCUAUAGAGGAGGUUGAUCAAGGGGGCAGUGGGUUCUCAAAUGCUGAAACUCUAACUCAGGAGAAUAUAGGAAAACUUUUGCAAUAA